GACCCCAGCUGCAAAGGGCCGGCAUUCAUACGUGGCAACGCCAAUUACUCCACUCCGGUGGGGAGAUGUCACCAGCUUUUUUACCUUUUGCGUUGAGUUUAUUUUACUAUUUUGGGUGGCGAAGCACAUUGUAUCAAAAGACUCAUAGAUGAAUUAAAUAAAGAAAUUGAAUUUGCGGAGACACGCUCCUUUUCUUUCUAUUUACUUUUUUCUGGGUCGAGCAAGGGACACCUCCCCCUCCCUCAAGGGCUAGAUUUGGUCUUCGUUCGAAGAAGAGCCUGAUUUGAAGUUUGUCGUCCUACAGAUAACUACGAUCCGUUUCAUAGCAAGGAUGAUGUUUAUCCCUGGACUGAGAAGAGAGAUGCGUGUAUUGGCAUUGUUACUGAUUGUGUAUUUUAUGUCUCGGACGUGGACAGUUGCUUCUAGUCAAACUACUACUCCAACUACUACUCCAACUACUACACUUAUCUCAAAUGCUACAAACACCUCUGCAGCAACCAGUAUAUCACCCACUGCGACAACACCAGCCACUUCUGUAUCUACUGCAACAAGCACGACUUCAUCCUCACCAACAUCAACGGUUCCCUCCAAGCAGACUACUGGAAGAAAGUUUGAUGGAGCCUCAUUUGUCGGAGGAAUAAUUUUGGGAAUAGUCAUUGCAGUCAUCUUUGUUUUGGUAUUCAAGUGGUGGCAGAGCAGAAACAAGAGUUAUCAUAGUUUGUGAACUGACGCUUGCAGCUAAGCGGCACGAAUAACAAUGGCAUUUAGACAAUUUCAUCUAGGAAAUUUAUUGGGAUGUGUACUGGCAUGGGAAGGUGACUAUUUUGCUUGUAAUAAUGUUUUGAGUGCAUUUGGUAAAACAGUGCCAGUCAGAGUGGUAUUAGUAAUAGCUAAGUUAGGUUUAUAUUUUUUCUUCUUAUAUUCUUCACUUUAGUGUUAGGGGUAUUUCUCACAUUUACUAAGUUGUGCCAGUGGUUUAGACAUCAUUUCACUAUCCGUUGACUGGGUUACCAUCUUACUUAACAGCUAUUCUUAGUGAAUAGAUCAAGAAGUAAUGUAUCAAACACAAAAGACUGUGUUUGACCACAUUUCUAAACACUGAAAAGAGAUUUGAAAAUAUGA